UACUCAAUCAACCAGCUAAGCAAACGUUUAGGGCGGUCGAAUGUAUAGUACCGUGGCUAGGUAGCUAGAUGUUGCAGAGCUCGCUGAUGCAAAGCUACAUUUUAAUGGCAGGGCGAAGUUUUGUUUCAGGCCAGGGGCCGCUUUAAGCAGUCUGUGACAUUUGGACUAGUUUGACAAGCCACGGCACUGGCACUGUGCUGAUACUGACUGGACUGAAAUAAUUUGUUUUGACUUCAUCUCUUUCCACAACGGCAUAGCGAAGGCUCCUAAUUGUAUAACUUUAAAGAAUAUAAACAUGAGCUUUCUUUUUGGCAAUCGGUCUUCCAAGACCUUCAAGCCCAAGAAGAACAUCCCAGAGGGAUCUCACCAGUAUGAGCUGUUGAAACAUGCAGAGGCUACACUGGGCAGUGGGAAUUUACGCAUGGCUGUCAUGCUGCCUGAUGGGGAAGACUUGAACGAGUGGGUGGCUGUCAACACUGUAGAUUUCUUCAACCAGAUCAACAUGCUCUAUGGUACCAUAACAGACUUCUGCACUGAAGAGAGCUGUCCUGUCAUGUCUGCUGGCCCCAAAUAUGAGUAUCAUUGGGCAGAUGGAACCAACAUCAAAAAGCCGAUCAAAUGCUCAGCUCCCAAGUACAUUGAUUACCUAAUGACCUGGGUGCAGGACCAGCUCGAUGAUGAGACACUCUUCCCAUCUAAGAUAGGUGUCCCGUUCAAGCGGAACUUCAUGUCGGUGGCUAAGACCAUCCUGAAGCGCCUGUUCAGGGUCUACGCCCACAUCUACCACCAGCACUUUGACUCUGUGAUGCAGCUGCAGGAGGAGGCCCACCUAAACACCUCCUUCAAACACUUCAUCUUCUUCGUUCAGGAGUUUAACUUGAUUGAAAGGAAAGAGCUGGUCCCACUACAGGAUUUGAUUGAGAAGCUGACCACCAAGGACAGAUAAACCCAGGCUGACUGAUCAUUUUAACUCUGUGAUAGUCUACUAUUCUUUUUGCACAGAUACCCCUUCUGCCCUGCCCUGGCCUAUAUGUAUACAGCAUACGCUAACUUUGCGAACAUGUUCUCUAGAAAGCCAGGUAAGUAAGGAAUAGUCUUGCACUGUUAUAGGCACUAAGGUAAUACUAUGGGGGAGUUCUAUACUACUGUCUGAGCCGGUAUGUGCUCUAUAGUUGGAUGUACUAUGUGGUUUUAAUUUGGACGGAUCCCUAAAACUGAAAUAACUAUGUAUUGACAUCCUCUGUGUGUUGUAUAUUUACAGUACCAGCCAAAAGUUUGGACACACCUACUCAUUCAAGGGUUUUUCUUUAUUUUUACUAUUUUCUACAUUGUAUAAUAAUAGUGCAGACAUCAACUAUGAAAUAACACAUGGAAUCAUGUAGUAACC